UUUGCUGGCUGAUUUUUCAGUAUGUCUGGUCGUGGCAAGGGAGGAAAGGGCCUUGGCAAAGGUGGCGCUAAGCGCCACCGUAAGGUACUCCGAGACAACAUCCAGGGCAUUACUAAGCCUGCAAUUCGGCGCUUGGCCCGCCGCGGCGGAGUUAAGCGUAUAUCUGGCCUCAUCUACGAAGAGACCCGUGGCGUUCUUAAAGUAUUCCUAGAGAAUGUGAUCCGGGAUGCUGUCACCUACACGGAGCAUGCAAAGCGCAAGACAGUAACCGCCAUGGACGUGGUGUAUGCGCUCAAACGCCAAGGUCGCACUCUGUAUGGCUUCGGGGGCUAGAUGUGUUUGCUUUGUGCUCUUCUGUUUUCAAAA